AUGAGCCGCCCAGUGCCCAAAUUUGUCCAUUCUCUUGAAAGAAUUCGCCAACAAUCAGGUGAAUCUCUCAGGUCCUUUUUAGACCAGUUUGAUAAGGAAUCCCUCCUAGUUCAAGGGUUAGACCCCAAAGUACAGGUGCAUAUCUUGAUAUCCGGACUGAGACAAGGUGCCUUCGCCUACGAGCUCGCCCGCCAUGAGAUCACAGAUCUAGAGGAGGAAAAAAGGAAGGCCCAAGAGUUCAUGAGGGUGAAAGAAUACAAAGGCAGCAGAGCAGAGGACAACCAAAGCCGUGAAAGGAAGACCAGCAAAUCCAAAGAUCAAGGGAAAGACGAAAGGAAGGGGCAUAAACCCUCCACAAGAUACCCUGGUCGCCCUCUCAGGCGGGGCAACUCAUCAUGCCCUACACACAAUGUCAUGCAAACUGAGUACAAAAGCGAGAGGAGGACUAAUGCCACUCGCCAAAAGACAGCCAGGGAGCCUGCCAUAUACUACAAGUUCCACCGUAGUAGCCAUCACAGCACGGAAGAGUGCAGAUCCCUCAGAGAAGAAAUCGACGAACUAAUCAAGGGAGGGGCGCCCCGAAGAUACGUGAAUUCCCCUCACGAAACCAAUCCCCCUCGGCGGCACCAGGAGAGAAGCCGGUCACCAAAAGAAAGGACAGUUGGUAAAGCAGAAUAUCGUGCCCGUCGCGAACGCAAUAGAAGAGAAGAAAGCUCAAGGACCCCCAGAGAGCGAGCUAGACCCGCAAAUAGAGAGCAGCGUGAACCUGAAGACUCUGCCAUAAUUAAACAUGGCAUGAUAAACAUGAUUUCUGGAGUAAUCGCUAAUUUUGGUGUCAAUCGAGUGUUCAUUGAUCACGGCAGCUCUGCGGACAUACUCUUUUUACCCUGCCUCAAGGCAUUAGGAUACUCGGCCAAUGAGUUAAGCCCGAUCGUUGGAGAGCUGUCUGGUUUUAACGCCACGGUCACUAAGCCCCAUGGUAUGAUAAACUUGCGGCUGUCUAUGGGAGCGCCACCGGCUUCAAAGUCUGUGGACAUUCAAUUCUUUGUGCUCGAUACACCUUCCGCUUAUAACGCCAUCUUGGGCCGAAGGAUGUUCGCUGCCUUUGAAGCCAGCGUCUCCCAUCCCCACCUAGCAUUAAAGUUCGUAGCAAGAGACAAUAAGGUCGCCACGAUUAAAAGAGACCGGACUUUGGCUAGAAGUUGUUACAACAUAACCCUCCGACCACCGCCGAAGGUUACCUUCAACGAUCAAACCACCCCGAGCAGAAUGCAACACAAGAAGUUUUUGAGGGCGCCAAAAAUAAAAGGAAAGAGCAUGAGCAAUGUUUCCCAGUAG